CCCCACGGGAGCAGCCGCCGGGGGCGCGGGAGCUGCGGGCCGCGGCCGGGAUGAGCGCCAGCGCGGGCGGCGGCGCCGGGGACAGCGGCAGCAGCAGCAGCUCGCAGGCGUCCUGCGGCCCCGAGUCGUCGGGCUCCGAACUCGCCCCGGCCGCGCCGGCGCCCCGGAUGCUGCAGGGGCUGCUGGGCUCCGACGACGAGGAGCAGGAGGACCCCAAGGACUACUGCAAGGGCGGCUACUACCCGGUGAGGAUCGGCGACCUGUUCAACGGGCGGUACCACGUGGUGCGCAAGCUGGGCUGGGGCCACUUCUCCACCGUCUGGCUCUGCUGGGACAUCCAGCGCAAGCGCUUCGUGGCCCUGAAAGUGGUGAAGAGCGCGGGGCACUACACCGAGACGGCGGUGGAUGAGAUCAAGCUCCUGAAAUGUGUCCGAGACAGUGACCCCAGUGACCCCAAGAGAGAGACCAUCGUCCAGCUCAUCGAUGACUUCAGGAUCUCAGGGGUUAACGGGGUCCAUGUGUGCAUGGUGCUGGAAGUCCUGGGCCACCAGCUCCUCAGGUGGAUCAUCAAGUCCAACUACCAGGGCCUGCCCGUGCCUUGCGUCAAGAGCAUCGUGCGGCAGGUGCUGCACGGCCUGGACUACCUCCACACCAAGUGCAAGAUCAUCCACACCGACAUCAAACCUGAGAACAUCCUGCUGUGUGUGGGUGACGCCUACAUCAGGCGCCUGGCCACCGAGGCCACCGAGUGGCAGCAGUCAGGGGCACCGCCCCCCUCCCGCUCCACAGUCAGCACUGCCCCCCAGGAGGUCUUGACCGGCAAGCUGUCAAAGAACAAGAGGAAGAAGAUGCGGCGCAAACGGAAGCAGCAGAAGCGGCUGCUAGAGGAGCGGCUGCGGGACUUGCAGAGGCUGGAGGCCAUGGAGGCGGCGGCACAGGCUGAGGACGCCGGCUCGAGGCUAGAGGGGGGCAGCGGCUCCACCUCCUCUUCCGGCUGCCACCCUGGGGGGACCAGGGCUGGCCUCUCCCCUGCCUCCUCUUCCCCCGCUGGAGGGGGCGAGCGCAGCCUCAGCCCGGGCUCCCAGACCUCAGGCUUCUCCGGCUCCCUUUUCUCUCCUGCCUCGUGCUCCAUCCUCUCAGGCUCCUCCAACCAACGGGAGACCGGGGGCCUCCUGUCACCCAGCACACCGUUUGGUGCCUCAAACCUCCUGGUGAACCCCCUAGAGCCCCAAAACGCAGACAAGAUCAAGAUCAAGAUCGCAGACCUGGGCAACGCCUGCUGGGUGCACAAGCACUUCACCGAGGACAUCCAGACUCGCCAGUACCGGGCUGUGGAAGUGCUGAUCGGAGCGGAAUACGGGCCCCCUGCCGACAUCUGGAGCACGGCGUGCAUGGUAUGCCUCAGCUGCUGCUGCCCAGGGCCGGCCCACCGGCUGGCAGCCUCACCUUCUCCCCCUUCCAGGCCUUCGAGCUGGCCACCGGCGACUACCUAUUCGAGCCUCACUCUGGAGAAGACUACAGUCGUGACGAGGCUUCUGGGAGACAUCCCCCCAGCCUUUGCCCUCUCAGGCCGCUACUCCCGGGAGUUCUUCAACCGGAGAGGAGAGCUGCGGCACAUCCACAACCUCAAGCACUGGGGCCUGUACGAGGUGCUCAUGGAGAAGUACGAGUGGCCCCUGGAGCAGGCCACGCAGUUCAGCGCCUUCCUGCUGCCCAUGAUGGAAUACAUCCCCGAAAAGCGGGCCAGUGCUGCCGACUGCCUCCAGCACCCCUGGCUCAACCCCUAGGCCUCGACGGGCACUUUGUGCAGUUUGAGGCGGGCCUUGCUCACCCUCAUGCCCCUCCCAGUGCCUUCAGGGAAGGCGGGAUGCCUCCUGCCACCCUCCUGGGUGCCAGCUUUCUCAUAGCCUGUGGCAGGGCAGGGAGAUGCUGGAGCCU